GUGAUGACGUCAGAAUAUGGCGUCCGAUCAGCUGGAUGUUGUGUAGAGUGUGCCUGCCUGCGAUGCCUGCCGUCUCGCGAAGACUAACGGAGACCACCGUCUGCCCGCCGUGAUACUGACCAGAAGACUCUAUGCAACAUGCCACCAGAUAGGCCGGAUGCAUCGGGUAUCGAAACUGAUAUAGAACUAAACUCGUCUCAGGAUUAUAAUUACGGCGAGAACGCCUACACGAUGAACGACAAGGAGAAGGAGAACGCCAGCGUGCUGGCCGAUUCGAACGCGGCCAACGAGUGUCAGAGCGAAAUACCGAGAUGGGAGAAAUCGAUGGAGAAGAACAGUCAGUCGGACGACGAGCUUACGUCGCUCAGCUGGCUGCACCAGCAGAAUUUACUUAAGGGUUUGGACAUUUCGAACCCCUCCAAAGACAUGAAGCACGAGAACAUGCUGAACAACAAUAUCGACGAUAUGGCGGACUUUUCCGAAAACACGAAUUCCGUAUCGAGCUUGGAUGAUAGUUUCUGUCCAGAGAGUAACGGGAAAGCAAACGCGACGCUGAACGGAAGCGGACAAAACUAUCAGCAUCCCGUCAAGAAUUGUCAAAAGCCCACGCAAAUAUUUCAGGAAUCUGCGAAAAGUCAUUGCAAUAUUUCGCCAAGUAAUCAAACGAAGAUUUCUUUGAGCAACAAUAAUUUGCCAAUGUCUAAUCGCAACAAGCACCCUACCCAUAUACCGUAUGAUCCUCAUUUACACAGAAAUAGCAAACCACCGUAUUCAUUCUCCUGCCUGAUAUUUAUGGCUAUCGAAGAUAGCCCCGUGAAAGCGCUACCCGUGAAGGAGGUUUACGCGUGGAUCCUGGAGCACUUCCCGUACUUCAGGAACGCCCCCACCGGAUGGAAAAAUUCCGUCAGACACAAUUUGAGCCUGAACAAGUGCUUUCGGAAGGUGGAGAAGGCUCCGAAUUUAGGAAAGGGAUCGUUGUGGAUGGUGGACGCACAGUACCGCCCGAAUCUGAUUCAAGCGUUGUCGCGCGCCCCUUUUCCCCCGCCUACCACCCAGAAUUUGUCUUCGUCGGAAAAGGUGGCCAGAAAAUGCAUAAACACACGUCUCCCGGAUCCGGUUCUCUUUCCAUACCUAUCCAAAAGACUGGCGUCUAGUAAUAUUAACGAUAGCGUGGAAACCGAGAUAGACAGCGACGUGGACGCAGCGGCUGCCGCUAUGCUUUCUUUCAAGCAUGGACCUAUCAUUCUGAAUCACAAUAAAGAUCGUAAACGAAAAUUGCCGGAAUCGGAGAAAUUGGUGCCCGUAAUUACCAGGAGUUCCAGCGAGGACCAUACUUAUAGCUGUAUCGCCUCGAUAAAAUUGGGAAGCAAACAUUCGAACGAGGAGGAGCUAAAUCCUGAUUUCGACGAACAAAGGAAGAUCGCAGAAGGUGCGGACGCGCUUCUGAAUCUGGCCGGUGUUAGUACAGCGUUAAAUCACAGAACGCAUCACGUGACACAAGGUAUUAAUACGGCAUCGAAAUCGGAAGUAGUUGCGAAACCAAAAAAACGUUCUACCACGAGUGAUUACUCGAGCACGUCUGAGAAGAGACGUAAGAGAUGGCGGGACUGGGGGGAGGGAAAUCGAUAUCUAAAACAAAUUAGGGGUUAACAUUGACACACAUUUUGUUACUUCCCCCCCCCCCCUCGAAAAGUACGUUAUCGAGAGCCUUCCGCUUGUACGCGAGUCGGGAAAGCGUUUGAGAAUUUUACCAUCUACCGACAGGAGGGUACUUUUGUUCUAUCAAGCGACGCGGUAGCGUCGCGACGCCAAGUGUAUAAAAAAAGAUCAGGUGACCUGUGAGUACUGGCAUUGUCGAGGCGCUUACCAGCUUAGCUUCAUCUCGAUAGUAUUGUCCGUAAAUUCUUCAUUCAUUUAUACAAACGCGUUUUAGAAUCGACUUUCUACGGAAAUUUCUUCGGUCGUAGUCGGAUUUCUCGUCAUAAACACACAAAGAAGUGCGCAUGUAAAUUUUCUUCCAUAACUACUAGUGCUAGUAAAAAGAAAAGAGAGAGAGAGAGAGAAAGAGAGGAUUGUUGGAUGCAUUUCGAAUUGAUUGGUGUGGUUGCUCAGGGUUUACAACAUGCUAUAUGCCAAAAUACAUUCGGUAGCACUAAACAACAAGCAAUAAUAGAGAUGUAGUGUUAAAGAGAUACUUUUUAAAACACGCUGUUGAAACAUGAAUACAAUUGAAUAGUACGUGGAAUAUAUAUCGAUGAAAGAAAAAUUAUUAUUACGUACUGAAGUAGGUAAUAAUAAUCAUUUUAGAACUGUUGUGAGAGAGAACGAGAGAGAAAGAGAGGGGAGAGAGCGAAAGAGAGAGAGAGAAAGAUGGUUAUAUUAAGUCAUAUAGAGAGUUUAAUUAAUGAUAAAGUUCUAUAUCAGUUUUUUCUUUUUUUUUUUUUUGUAGAUAUGUAUAGAGGCAUAAUCAACAUCCGCUGUCACGACGCCUGUCCCAACAGUAACGAGACCUAUUGCUUUCAAACGUAACGCGGCGAUUCUCGACGUUGAAAUCACAGGCCCGGUUUGAAGUCCAGUGUUACCAUAUUUUCUUAUUUCAACUGGGUGUGUUUCUCUAAGUCUCGUUAUUCUUGAGACAGGCCACGUAUUCGAUAGAGGGAGAGAGAGAGAGAGAGAGAGAGAGAGAGAGAGAGAGAAAUUCGAUAAUAUAUUUAAAACGAUUACACGCAUACAUAUUUCUAUGUAUAUGUGUAUAUAUGUAUAUAUAAAAUGUAUGUAUACGUGCAUGUAUAUGCAGAUGUACACAUUGCACGCAUCAAGCCCGACAUACUCGUUCAUGGAUAGCCCGACCGCGGUCGAACUCCCCCCGCAUUCUCGACUCCAGACGAAAAAACGUGAAUCCUUUCUGUUCUCCCUGUGUUUGUAUUCGCGUGGCGCGUGACACAAAAUGUCGUCGCGCAUGCAUCGUGUUCCGUACGUGUCCGUACUUCAUUCAUUCUAUUUAUGUGACGAAAUGACGAAUGUUAAGUGAUGGAAGGGGAGAGACAUCGUGUUCGACUGGUUAAGAAUGGGGGAGUUUGAUUGUACCUAUGUACAAGGUGUUCCCAAGUUUUUUGCGAAACAGCGAGGGAGUUUAUGAAAAACUGAGUCGUAAAAAAAAGGUUUACACAUCUUUAACUACUUUUUAAUUACCAGCAACAAAAUUUUCAAUUGUCUGCGUGUAGGAGCCGGUUAGCAGUAAUUUCACGUGCUGAACAAUUUAGGGACAAGAAUACUAGCUACGAAUAUACAGCUAUUUAUAACCGAUUGUACAUCGUAAAUUUUAUCAGCUUUUAAAUUCUUGUGAUUAAAUCAACAAUAGUGAAGUGACGAGCUAACACGGAUGUUGGGGUGUGUAAUAAUUUUUAUUGUUACACUUGUGAUUAAGAAGAAAAAAAUUAUUGGUCGCAAUCGAGAGAAACCUCCUCGCGGUUUAGUUUUUCACGGACUUUCGCUUUUGCGCGUGAAAUUGAGGGCACCCUGUAGGUAAACAAACCAUGUGCAUCGUGUUGCACAUGUACAACAUAUGUGCCACAGACGUAUUAUCAAAAAAAAAAAAAAAAAAAUUCAAACAAAAAACAAUAAAAAAGAUCGAGGUACAUUCAACAUUGUGAAACGAAGAAAUGUUAUCAUUUCACUGUUUUUUCUACUCUCUUUGUGGCUUUCAAAAUGAUUUUGAACAGUGUUGUACAUAUGUAGACCUUUCUAAUGUAUCCACAGACCAGUUUUUUGAUAUUCAGUUCGAGACUGGAUAUAUAAUGACGAUCGUGCUGAGGUGUUAAUGUCGAUCGGAUGGAGACGAAAAUUAGCGCUACAUGGAGAGACAACCUAUUUUUAUAUA